AUGGGUGGAGGUAUUACUGGAACUGUAGCUAACAGCAUUAGUGAGACUAGUGCUGACAGUACAAGUGGCAUUAGUGCUGACACUGGUACUAUCACUAGUGGUGACACUGGUACUAUCACUAGUGGUGACACUGACACUAUCACUAGUGCUGACACUGACACUAUCACUAGUGCUGACACUGACACUAUCACUUGUGCUGACACUGGUACUAUCACUAGUGCUGACACUGGUACUAUCACUAGUGCUGACACUGACACUAUCACUAGUGCUGACACUGGUAGUAUCACUAGUGCUGACACUAUCACUAGUGCUGACACUGGCACUAUCACUAGUGCUGACACUAUCACUAGUGCUGACACUGGCAGUAUCACUAGUGCUGACACUGGUACUAUCUCUAGUGCUGACACUGACACUAUCACUGGUGCUGACACUGGUACUAUCACUAGUGCUGACACUGGUACUAUCACUAGUGCUGACACUGGCAGUAUCACUAGUGCUGACACUGGCACUAUCACUAGUGCUGACACUGGUACUAUCACUAGUGCUGACACUGGCAGUAUCACUAGUACUGACACUGGCACUAUCUCUAGUGCUGACACUGGUACUAUCACUGGUGCUGACACUGGUACUAUCUCUAGUGCUGACACUGGCACUAUCACUAGUGCUGACACUGACACUAUCACUAGUGCUGACACUGGCACUAUCACUAGUGCUGACACUGGCACUAUCACUAGUGCUGACACUGGUACUAUCACUAGUGCUGACACUAGUACUAUCACUAGUGCUGACACUGGUACUAUCACUAGUGCUGACACUGGUACUAUCACUAGUGCUGACACUGGUACUAUCACUGGUGCUGACACUGACACUAUCACUGGUGCUGACACUGGUACUAUCACUGGUGCUGACACUGGUACUAUCACUGGUGCUGACACUGACACUAUCACUAGUGCUGACACUGGUACUAUCACUAGUGCUGACACUGGUACUAUCACUGGUGCUGACACUGACACUAUCACUAGUGCUGACACUGACACUAUCACUGGUGCUGACACUGGUACUAUCACUAGUGCUGACACUGGUAUUAUCACUGGUGCUGACACUGACACUAUCACUAGUGCUGACACUGACACUAUCACUAGUGCUGACACUGGCACUAUCACUAGUGCUGACACUGGUACUAUCACUAGUGCUGACACUGACACUAUCACUAGUGCUGACACUGACACUAUCACUAGUGCUGACACUGACACUAUCACUAGUGCUGACACUGGUACUAUCACUAGUGCUGACACUGACACUAUCACUAGUGCUGACACUGGUACUAUCACUAGUGCUGACACUAUCACUAGUGCUGACACUGGUACUAUCACUAGUGCUGACACUAUCACUAGUGCUGACACUAUCACUAGUGCUGACACUAUCACUAGUGCUGACACUGACACUAUCACUAGUGCUGACACUAUCACCAGUGCUGACACUGGCACUAUCACUGGUGCUGACACUGGCACUAUCACUAGUGCUGACACUGGCACUAUCACUGGUGCUGACACUGGCACUAUCACUAGUGCUGACACUGGCACUAUCACUGGUGCUGACACUGGCACUAUCACUAGUGCUGACACUAUCACUAGUGCUGACACUAUCACUAGUGCUGACACUGGCACUAUCACUAGUGCUGACACUAUCACUAGUGCUGACACUGGCACUAUCACUGGUGCUGACACUGGCAGUAUCACUGGUGCUGACACUGACACUAUCACUAGUGCUGACACUAGUGCUGACACUGGCAGUAUCACUGGUGCUGACACUGGCACUAUCACUAGUGCUGACACUGGCACUAUCACUAGUGCUGACACUAACACUAUCACUGGUGCUGACACUGGCACUAUCACUAGUGCUGACACUGACACUAUCACUGGUGCUGACACUGACACUAUCACUAGUGCUGACACUGGCACUAUCACUAGUGCUGACACUGGCACUAUCACUAGUGCUGACACUGGCACUAUCACUAGUGCUGACACUGGCACUAUCACUAGUGCUGACACUGGCACUAUCACUGGUGCUGACACUGGCACUAUCACUAGUGCUGACACUGACACUAUCACUGGUGCUGACACUGACACUAUCACUGGUGCUGACACUGGUACUAUCACUAGUGCUGACACUGGCACUAUCACUAGUGCUGACACUGGUACUAUCACUAGUGCUGACACUGGCACUAUCACUAGUGCUGACACUGGUACUAUCACUGGUGCUGACACUGGUACUAUCACUAGUGCUGACACUGUUACUAUCACUAGUGCUGACACUGACACUAGUGCUGACACUGACAAUAGUGCUGACACUGACACUAUCACUAGUGCUGACACUGUUACUAUCACUAGUGCUGACACUGACACUAGUGCUAACACUGACAAUAGUGCUGACACUGACACUAUCACUAGUGCUGACACUGGCACUAUCACUAGUGCUGACACUGGCACUAUCACUAGUGCUGACACUGGCACUAUCACUAGUGCUGACACUGGUACUAUCACUAGUCCUGACACUGGCACUAUCACUGGUGCUGACACUGACACUAUCACUAGUGCUGACACUGACAAUAGUGCUGACACUGACACUAUCACUAAUACUGACACUGACACUAUCACCAGUGCUGACACUGGCACUAUCACUGGUGCUGACACUGGCACUAUCACUGGUGCUGACACUGACACUAUCACUGGUGCUGACACUGGUACUAUCACUAGUGCUGACACUAUCACUAGUGCUGACACUAUCACUAGUGCUGACACUGACACUAUCACUGGUGCUGACACUGGUACUAUCACUAGUGCUGACACUAUCACUAGUGCUGACACUGACACUAUCACUGGUGCUGACACUGGUACUAUCACUAGUGCUGACACUAUCACUAGUGCUGACACUGGCACUAUCACUAGUGCUGACACUGACACUAUCACUAGUGCUGACACUAUCACUAGUGCUGACACUGACACUAUCACUAGUGCUGACACUGGCACUAUCACUAGUGCUGACACUAUCACUAGUGCUGACACUGGCACUAUCACUGGUGCUGACACUGGCACUAUCACUAGUGCUGACACUGACACUAUCACUUGUGCUGACACUGACACUAUCACUAGUGCUGACACUGGUACUAUCACUAGUGCUGACACUGACACUAUCACUAGUGCUGACACUGGCCCUAUCACUGGUGCUGACACUGGCACUAUCACUAGUGCUGACACUGACACUAUCACUGGUGCUGACACUGACACUGGCACUAGUGCUGACACUAUCACUAGUGCUGACACUGGCACUAUCACUAGUGCUGACACUAACACUAUCACUGGUGCUGACACUAUCACUAGUGCUGACACUGGCACUAGUGCUGACACUAUCACUAGUGCUGACACUAACACUAUUGCUGACAAAACUAACGCUGACAGUCAACAUAUUAAACCAACGAACAUAUCUAUUGUAUCAAAUAAAAUACUCCCAAUUAAAACCACUUUUAACGAUGACCAGAAAAAUACAAAACUAAAAAAAAAACAUGAACCAAAAAUGAAAACAUGUUUACAUUGA